AUGUCAAAUGCUUCCAAUAUCGACCUUCUCAAUGCGGCAUUCACAGCCAUGAUGCCAGGCUACACUUUUGUAACCGAAAAAGAAUAUCACGAAAGACAAAAAGAUCAUAACGAAAUACUAAAAGAAUAUAACGAAAAGCAAAUAGGAGGAUGUCAUAAUAAAAAACAAAACUCAAUUGAUCUGAUGAUACAGGAUGCACAGUAUACCGUUUUUCAACCUGUCGACAUGUAUGCAUUUCAUCAAUGUAUUCUGAUUGGUGGUAGUGUCUAUUUAGUUAAUAGAAUUGAUGACGAUGAAUUAUCUUCAACAUCAAAGUCAUUUGAUAAUUUGACGAUUAGCAGUAAUGUCACUAUACAAAUAUUUGUAAAAAUGCUCUGUGGUAAGAGUAUCACAAUUGAUUGCAAACCUAAUGAUACAAUUGAUGACGUGAAAAAAAAAAUUCAGGAUAAAGAAGGCAUCCUAGCUCAUCAACAGCGACUUAUUUUUGGCGGUAGACAAUUAGAGGGAGAGAAAACUGUUAAUUAUUAUGAUAUUACUAAAGGAUGUACUUUACAUUUAGUUCUGAACCUUCUUGGUGGAGGUGUUGUUAUAAGUUAUUUGAGUACAGAUUUUUUAGAUCCUAGUUACGAUUGUGAUUUUACAAAUGUUAAUGACCAAAGCGCAACAUUUACUCGUGGAGGUGCUGAUUAUCGAAGACCGUGUGGAUGGAGGCGUUUCGCCUUAAAGGUUUUAGGAAAAUAUGAUAAUGGUAAUAAUGGAUGGCUUGGUACUGAUGCAAAUGCCUGGCCUGUAUCUUAUCAUGGUACUAGUAAACAAAAUUCAAGGUCGAUUUCAGAAGAUGGGUAUUUAUUAAGUAAAGGAUUGCGGUUUGCUUAUGGUCAUGGCAUUUAUUCAUCCCCUCAAGUGGAUAUUGCUAAGGGAUUUGCUAAGGAAUUUGAGCACGAUGGAGAUAAGUAUUUGGUAGUUAUCCAAAAUCGUGUGAGUCCUGUUAAUUUGCAGAAAAUUCCGGUAGGUGUCGGUGAAUAUUGGAUUUCCAAGAAAGAUGAAGACAUAAGACCAUAUGGAAUUUGUAUCAGAAAAAAAGAUUAA